UCUGCUCGGUCUGGAUCAAACCGUUUCCGGGCGACAGGGUACCAGCAGUAAACAUGGCGGAGGAACUGCUGGAAACAGUGGAGAGACUUCAGUCCCGGCUCCAGGAGAACCAGGAGCCCCGAAAGCUGCUGAAGACUCUGAAAAGACUCGGGGAGCUUCCUAUGACUGUGGACAUAUUGGUGGAAACUGGAGUGGGAAAGGCUGUGAACUCCUUCAGGAAACACGAAUUAGCUGGAGAGGUGGCAAAAAAUCUCGUAGCCAAAUGGAAGAAACUGGUUCCUCAGUCUGGAGACAGACCCAACAGCCACGGCUCCAGAUCUCACACGCAGGCUCGAGGCCACGACGCGAGCGGCAGAGGAGACCAUAAAUGUCCCCGAGAGCCCUCGCCUGAGGAAGACCGCUCCUACGUAGAGGAUGAAGAGGAGGAAAGAGGUUACCACACCAACUAUUCGCCCUCACCUCCUCAGCACGACCAGUACAGUCCCCCACAGCGCGGAGGGUAUCACUCAGACGAAUACGAAAGCCCUGAGCCCGAACCUGAACCCAGCCCGCCACCACCUCCUCCCCCUGUGUCCCGCAAAGACGUCCGCCACACCAAACCAAACAAGGAGCCGAGCAAGAACCACCACAGCGACCGAAACCGAGACGAGGAGCGGCGGCAACGCCACGCACAGACGAAUAGCGAUAGAGAAGGCGGAGGAAGUCAAGGGAAGAAGCGAAGCGGAGACCGAGAGAGACAUCAGAGUCCGGUACAGAAGGCUGCCAAACACAGCAAGAAGUCAACCACGCAUGACAGCAGGAAGGAGGAGAAGAAGAAAGGAGGAGAUGAAGGUGAGUUCGAUACUUGUUAUUAAUCUCGAUCUCUCUUCCACAGCAUGUCUUUUGUCCUGUCUUCCUACCGGUCGCAGCAGAUGGCCGCCCCUCCCUGAGCUCGGUUCUCCUGGAGGGUUCUCUUCUGUUAAAAGGGAGUUUUUCCUUCCCCCUGUCAUUAAAGUGUUUGCUCAUAGGGGGUCAUAUGAUUGUUGGCUUUUUCUCUGUAUGUAUUGUUGUAGGGUCCACCUUACAAUAUAAAGCGCCUUGAGGCAACUGUUGUUGUUAUUUGGCGCUUUAUUAAUAAAAUUCACAAGAGCUACAGCGCCUGCCUAUGUAGGCAGCUGCCCCCAACCACUACAGGAAACAAUAACCAGCUGCUCGAGUAACUGAUAGCAGUGGUUAAUCUAAAGAUAACAGAAGAAAAAAACAUCUGCAGAAUUAUGAGCACUUCAAAACAGUUUAAAAUCAAAACAUCUGCAGCUCGCUGAGACACCUUCCUGUUGCCUUGCUUGUGGGCGCAUACAGGUGACUGCAUCACUCGAGUCUCAUUUGAAUAACAAAUUAACCUUUUAAAAGCAGUUGACCAGUCUUUUUAAUCUUUAAAAGACUGCAGUCAAAUAUCAGGUUCACAGAAAUAAUUUUUCAUGUUCCACUCAAGAUCCCAGUUUAUCUAAAGAUACCAAACAUGUCAGAAUUAAUUUGUUACAUGUAGCCUGAAUAACAAUUUAAACUAUAACUACACCAUCUUCUCCUCACUAAAAGCCCAUAAAUGUCUUACUGAAAGAUAAUCAUCUUCUUGUUGUACUGUGUAAUGUUUUACUUUGCUAUGAAGGAAAUAAGCCGUGAGAUUUAGGGGCACUUAAAUAAUCUUCUUUCUGUCAUUUAACUCUUGAUUUCUGGUACUUAUACCACAGCCAAAACAAUUACUAUAGAAGGUUAAAGGCAAUCAUUGUGUGGUCAUUUGUGCAGCUCUGUGCAACAGGAAGGUUGUGUGUGUUUUAUCAGCUUGGAUCAAGAAAUAUGGCCACAACACAGAGUGACUUCCUGUUCUGAGGAACUGAGCGAUCGUAGAUACAGCACGAGAAACUCCUCUGACAGGAAGUGACAAAGUGAAAUUUUCAAACUGUUUUCUUGUUUGGUUCAUUAACCACAGCAUGCAUGUGUGAAGCAGAAGAGGAGUGUGUGUUGUUAGGUGAUUGAGUAAUUAGUUAGUCACUAGUAAUUAGGAGUUAACAAUUUUUAUAUUGUAAUAAUAAUUAAAACUUCUUAUGAGGAGGCUGUAACGGUCCGUUGUGCUGGAGGGAGCGG